AUGCUUCUCGAAUUCGAGAAUACAAUGGAAAAGGAUGAGUUCCUAAAUAAUGGGAAGGAGAUUUGGCAGCCGUGGUUCAAAGAGGUCACUACUUGGGACGUGGAAGGUAAUUUUAAUGAAAGAAUUGCAUCCAUAAUCAUCCAAGGUGUGCCCCAACAUGCAUGGUGUGAGGAAGCAUCCAGCAUUAUUUCAAGAUCGUGGGGAACGGUGGUAAUCCCGGAAGAAUGCAAUACAGAUUCUCCAAAUUUGGCCUUUGGGAGGGUUGGAAUCCUCACAUCCCACCCUAGAAUCAUCAGCUCUUCCAUCAAAAUCUUGGUGGAUGGAAAAUCAUAUCAGAUAAAUGUCAUGGAGGAUAUAUUUGAAUCCCUUAAACUUAGCCUGGUGCUUACUACAAACGACUUCUAUCAACGGAUGUCAUGGUGGGAUGAAGAUAGUACUGGUGAAAAUGGCAGCCUCAACAGUGAAGUCCCGGUCCAUUCUAAAGCUAGCUUACAGUCACCCGAAAUAUCUCCGGCGAAGUCACGUCAAGCAUGGAAAUGGGAUGGGGAAGUGGAAAAGCCGCACCCCUUCAUCUCCAGCUCGGAGGCCAAGGAAGCUCCUCGACUUUCUAAACCCUUGGAGUAUAGUAAAGAAGUUGUAUCGCCACUGCAUCCGGAUCCUUUUCCUCCUUGGGCCAUAAUAGAAGACGAACCCAGUCUCCACCUGCCACCCUCUCUGAUCCAUCUACAACCACGCUAUGCCCCCUCCCCCAUAUGGAUGCCUUCCCCACCCCAUCCCUCCGACGACUCCCAAAACUUGCAAGGGGAUCUGUCUCGGUCUCAACACCUGUCACAGCCUGCAGUCUCUCAGACCCAACCGGUCGAGUCGAACGCUACAUCUAUGGAGGUUGCCAAGACAAUCGAUGUUGGAGAAUCAGUUGGGUUCCAGUGUGAGGUUAUCGACCCAGUGGGACUCUCUGGUGGAAUUGCUUCCUUUUGGGAUCCCUCUCUCUUCCAAGUCUCAGAAUCAAUUAAAGGUGAAGGUUUUCUUGCCAUUAAAGACUCAGAAUCUUGCUGGUUUGUCUUUGGAGAUUUUAAUGUUGUCCGGCUACCUGAAGAAAGACUGGGCUCCGUGUUUUGUCAAAGCAGUGCCUAUUAUUUCAAUGAGUUCAUACACUCUCUAGGUUUACUAGAAAUUAAAAUGGGGGGUCAUAGAUUUACAUACAUGAACUCAUCUGGUGACAAGCACAGCAAGCUUGAUAGAUUUCUUGUCUCUCUCAAUUCCAUCGAAUCCUGGCCAAAUCUAAAUGUCACAGCCAUGCCUAGGGUGGAUUCAGAUCAUUGUGCUAUAAUCUUAUCUGCCUCUCAGUUUGAUUUUGGUCCAUCCCCAUUCAGGUUCUAUAAUUCUUGGCUUAAGGAUCCAGAAUUUAUGGGUAUUUUAAGGAGUAGUUGGUCAAUCAGUAAUAGCUCAAGGCAUCAACUGUAUCUAUCCCCUCUCUCCCUGGUUGCUAGUAAACUAAGGAACUUAAAGGAGCAUAUUAAGUCAUGGAGGAAGGAAGUUAUUGGGAAAGCUAGAAGGGUGAUGGAUGAGCUUACAACCAAAAUAAACGACAUUGACCUCUUGGCUGAGAAGGGACUGCUCAAAAUUCAUGAAACUGCCCCCUAUGCGAUUGAGUUCUUAGAAGAGCCUUUCUCCCUCGAAGAAAUCAAAUCAGCUAUAUGGGCGUGUGGCUCGGACAGGGCUCCAGGGCCUGAUGGAUUCUCUUUCUCUUUUCUAAAAAAACAUUGGGAGGUUCAAGACCCGAUCACGAUAAACGAUUUCCGUCCUAUCAGCCUAAUUGGAUGUUUAUAUAAAACAAUCUCAAAGGUCCUAGCUGAACGGUUGAAAAAGGUGGUACAUUUUGUGGUCAACACAACACAAACAACUUUCUUUAAAAAUAGAAAUAUCCUGGAUGGGCCUCUUAUCCUUAAUGAAGUCAUUAGCUGGUUAAAGAAGAAUAAAAAGAAAGCUUUCACGUUUAAAGUAGACUUUGAAAAGGCUUUCGAUAGUCUUAGCUGGGAGUUCCUAGACUCAACCAUGCAACAAAUGGAAUUUGGGGCUAAAUGGCGAGCAUGGAUUCGAGGAUGCUUAGCAUCAGCAAGGGUCUCGGUCAUUAUUAAUAGGUCAGCAACAAAAGAAUUCGGUAUGGAGUGUGGUGUUCGGCAGGGGGUCCAUUAUCCUCGUUUUUGUUCAUCAUCGCAUCUGAAGGACUUCAUGUUGCAUUAG